AGCAUUGGUUAGUAUUUUAGGUAGGGUCGGAAGACCGUUAUUCUUUGAAGGUCGUACAUUUGAAUUGGGGCCUUUGUAUAGUACAGGUUUUUACCUGUGAAGGAGCAUUUGCUUUCUCAGCGCAGAAGACAGUGUGGCUUGGAACGUCGAGGCGAGUGGACACAAGUUAGAUUAUCUGUAAAUUUCUACGCUAAAGUAACCUGAAAAUGGAUAAGAAAGGUAGGAAAGAUGCUCGCACUCGUGCGGAUCGUCAGAAGAAACGACAGUUUCGAGGCAACCAACACACAGCUGAGCAGGACUCGGAAUUUACGAGCACGUCGGCAAAAAAACUGCGAACUGCGAAAGAUAUCGACUUCCCUGUUUCGAAUGAAUUUGGUUACUGUAUUUUAAAUUUUUUCGCAGUUUUUUCAACAAUUGCAUCUCUUGUGAUUUGUAAAAAUUGCAAACGUAAUAUGCAAUUCUCCCAGACGCCAAAUCGAGGUUUAGGAUUCAAAAUUUACGUAAAGUGCAGCUGCAAUGAAGUAUACAUCAAUUCAUCGCCAUUUAUUAACAAUGCAUACGAAAUAAACCGUCGAAUUGUUUUUGUUUUGCGGAUUUGUGGUGUUGGACGAGAAGGCCUGAAUUUAUUUUGUAGUUUGAUGGACAUUUGUCAGGGCAUUGCUGCAAACACCUAUUAUGCCUGCCUUGAAAAUAUCUAUGUAGCAGCAUCUGCAGUGUACAGUUGCAUUUUAAAAGAAGCAAUUGAAGAGGAGAAGGAAAAGAAUAAAGAAGCUGGAAAUAUUGAAACACAUUUAACGGUUUCCGGCGACGGAACAUGGAAAAAAAGAGGAUUCUCAUCUUUAUUUGGUGUGUCUACUCUAGUUGGAAAAUAUUCUAACAAAGUAGUCGAUGCUAUGAUUAAAAGUAGCUUUUGCCAAGCGUGUAAUUUGUGGAAUAACAAAAAGGACGACAAUAUUGCUGAAUAUAAUGAGUGGUAUGAAACACACGAAGAAACGUGCUCCAGAAAUCAUGAAGGCAGUGCGGGUAAAAUGGAGAUCGACGCUAUCACUGAAAUGUUUGUGAGAUCGAAGGAGAAACACGGAGUUCUUUACGUGAAAUAUAUUGGAGACGGGGACAGUAAAACGUUUAGGGGAAUUUUAAAUGUGGAUCCAUAUGCAGAAGAUGAAAUUACUGUGAUAAAAAAAGAGUGCGUCGGUCACGCGGAAAAGAGAAUGGGCACGAGACUUCGUAAUGCGAAGAAACAUAAUAAAGGUAUCGUCGGUAAAGGUGCUGGAAAGUUAACGGAUAAAAUGAUUGGUGAACUCACGACGUAUUAUGGAUUGGCUAUUCGCAGACACCCAGACUCUGUCGAGGAAAUGCGGAAAGCAAUAUGGGCAACGUAUUACCACAAAAGCUCCUCCGAUAAUAAGCCGCAACACCAAAACUGUCCUCCGGGUGAAGAGAGCUGGUGCAAGUGGAGUAAAGCUGAAGCCGAAGGUACACUCGCAAGCUUCCAUCACGCUAAUCCGCCUCUUACUGAUCAAGUAUUGGAGAUAAUUAAGCCUAUUUAUGAAGAUUUGUCAUCGGAUGAAUUGUUGGAACGUUGCUUAGGAGCAGAAACGCAAAAUAACAAUGAAUCUCUCAAUUCAUUGAUUUGGACUUUUGCUCCAAAACAUCUCCAUGUUGGCGUGAAAGUUGUUGAAAUAGCAACAUUCUUGGCAGUUAUCAUUUUCAAUAAAGGAUUUAUGCCAAUU